GUCCCACUUUUGCCGUGGCGACCCAUACGCGGACUUCAAGCGGGACAAGCCGCUGCUACCGGGAAGGCACGCUGCACCUGCAAGAUCAGAUGGCUUCCAAUUCAGGCAACGCGAUCCACAGUUCUCUGCCAAAGAGCAGGCAUUCCCCGACGAGGACGAGAAGGAGGUCACCGGGACUUUUGAUCGCGUGUACAACGACCGCUCGCUUCCAGCGCAGCUGAGCUGGCGGCACAAUGGGCCACAUAGCCGCGUUCCUCUGCCAGAGGAUGUUUGGAGCCAUGUGCAGGCCUCCCGGCGUCAACUGGAUGAUCGGAACAACCCUGCACU